CUGUUAUCCGCCGCGCUAGUAAUUUUUGCGGACAAAUUUGUGCUGUUGUUCUUUCAAUUAUUAAUGUGUUUCCGUGCGAAAUAGUUGUUUAGAUAAAUAUUGCCUACUCUCAUUCGGCACACCAACGCAAUGUGGUCCAACGACAUUCACCUGGAGCUAAAGGGCGUUGUUCGGAUCAAUUUGGAGCAACAGCAGCAGCAAAAUCAGGCCGGCGUCGGAGAUGAAGAAGAAGCAGCGGAACAAACCAGCCUGGGAGGAUUUUUGGCGGAUGGGCUGUACGCGUGGGUCGCGAAAGGAGCCCACCUGGACGUGGUCUGUACACGGAGUGGCGAAAAACUCUUGUCGCAUAAUUUUGAGAGCGAUUCCCGGACGCGGAAUUGCAGCAUCUGCAAUGUCCACGGGAUGGAACAGUCGGAAGUGGGUUCGUACCUUAUCGCCGUAGGGAUUCAGCUGUACGGUAAUGCCGGAGCAGUCGUCGUUAUGACGAUUCAGGGUGCCCGUGUUUUAGGCCGGAUCGAUGUGAAUGAAAAGAUAUCCAGCGUGCAACCGGUUAGCAAAGCUUCAUACGGUAGAGGGCGCGUUUCUUCGUUCAACGGUUGCAUCGCGGUUGGGACAGUUUCGGGGAAGGUGCUGUUGAUUGACGCGUGCCUCCGAUAUGAAACGACGGCAUUGUUCGGCCAGCGACAGGUAAUGAACCGGCUAGAUAAGAACCAGUGUCACGUUGAGUUUGCAAAUGUCGAUGUGGCCACAAAUCACGAGCUGAUUCGGCAACGGGAAGUCUACUUUGGAUUGCAGCUGGAAUGCACCGACGAGGAGAGUAGUCCCGUGAUUGCGCUCCUAGAUUUGCCUUCCCUUAUGGCAAUUGCCGUUGGUUAUGCCGAUGGCCGGAUGGUGUUGUACGAUCUUCUGGAGUUGCGCAUACUUCACGUGGCUAAUCCGCCAAUCGAGGACAGUCCCGUUAUAAGUAUGAAUUUGGUAGAGCCAACCAAUGAUCCGAAGGCUUGCGUGUACAUCUGGACGUUCCAUGCUGGCGUUGAGGGUGCGUUUGCCGUGCUGCAUACGCUUAUGUACGAAGAAAAGUACGCGGAACCAGAAGGACAUGUUUACGAACGGUUCAUCUCGUGCAGUCCUCGAUUAAACGUGUCCUGCUAUGAUAAGGGAAGCUUCCCGCUUGGCGUGCAAUCGAUCAUGAAAAACGUUAGCCAAGAGGAAGAGGUUUUGACGUUGUGCGUGCUCAGCUGGGUCACCUCGGACAGAUCGACCAAUAUUCUGGUUUUUGAUCUGAACCAAUGGUAUAAGGCUGAGAUGCCAUUCUCCUGUGACUGGAGACACGAGCUGAACCAUACCGUAUUCUUCAGCGUGAAGGAUGUCGCAAUGAACACCCGACUGAUGGUAGACUCUCUGAUCCCGUUCAACUCGAUCCAACGUCCGGAGGAGCAUUUCUAUCCAAAUUCUCUUAGUUUCGACAUCAUGACUCUGAACAACGGCAGCUGCGCUCGUUACCACUGGAUCGGACUUCAGAACAAAAUUCUCGAAUAUCUCGAACAAAUGGGUUCAUCUGCGGUGAUGAACCCCGGCAAGCUGUAUCAGGUUAUGCUACGAGCGGCACUUAUUCCACAGUUUAUUGAUUACAACUACACGGCGGACACUCCCGUGGACGUCCAGCGGGAAUUUAUCCUCUCGGUCGCGUUGGAGUACAAUUGUGGCUCGUUGCUACGCGAGUGUGCCGUCAGCUGGGCCGACGGAAGCCACCUCGGACAGGAACCGGGCGAAGGCGUAUCACUGUCCACGCUGACCAACUGGAUUUGGAGCCGCGCAAAGGCACUGAAAGAGCUGAGCAAUAUGAUGUGCGUAACGUUGUUUGACAUUUCGGGUCGACGCAUUGACUGUGGCACGCAAAAAACGCUGCUGCACUGCUCGCGGCAGCUGAAACAACUGGCCAAGCUGUACGAUGUAAUCUUGGUGCAGUGCAAGCAGUACAUCCCGGAGAAAGUAUACAAAACCCUCACAUCCCAAGGCGCAUCGAUCCAGCUGGCGGCCGACUAUCAGGAAGUGGUGCAAUGGCUCCUAAAUGUCGGCCUCCUGCCCGAGGGCAACAUCGACGGGGUGAAUCUCUCGGACGAAUUUCUUCUUGUUCCAUUCCCGUACGUGGCCAUCCGUACGUACUUUGCCUCGCAGCGUACCAUGCUGUGCGACAAACAGCAGCCCGUGGACGGAGCCAAUGCUGCUGGGGUGGAAGAUCAAAGCUGCAAGUAUCUGUUUAUCGAUAACUUUAUCGAGCGUGAGUUCAAGUCGGAAGCGCUGCGAAAGGUUUGGCUGGAGAACAACGCCACCGGCGUCUACCCGCCAAACUCGAUGCAAAACCUGCUCCGGGCGCUGCUCAUCCCGAACGUUAGCGUCGAGGCCAAAUACGUUCUGCUGUGCUACACAUUUAUGGACAUGACUGCGGUGCUGAACGACGGCAGAUAUGGUGGUAUCGUGCAAAAUCUGAUCAAAUUUCCGACUGUGUUCAAGCUGAAUUCCGCAAUUAUUAAGCGUACCCAAGCGUUUUGGUUUUUGGACCACGGAAACAUUGAUUGCGCCAUCGAAGAACUUCUUUCGCCAAUAUCCCAGAGUGAACAGUUUCCCGCCUGGCAGCGGGAGUUCCUUAUAGCGGCGUUGUUGAGAUACGACUCACCUCACUUGGCGUUACGUGUCCUUCGUGCACCAGGCAUGCCAAUUUCACCAUUUCUAGAGCUAAAGUCGCUGCUGGAAAACAAUCUCAUCUCGGAAGCGUUUAAACUUCAACGCUCAAAGCACGACACCAACCUGCUGCAGUAUUUCUUUGAAGGAAUGCUGAAAUCGACCAAGUACGAGGUGUUGCUUGGUUUGGCGCUGACUGACGAAGAGACACGCAUCCUGCGAGAGUAUCUGACGAAAACGAGCCAACCGAUGGCAGAUAACGUUCAUUUUAUGCAUCUUCUGCAGAAGCUUGACUUUGUCGAAGCAGUUCACAUGGUUGAGAAGCUCGGGCGGAAGCGAUCAGUCGAGUACAACUUGGAAGCGCCCCGGGAAGCGUUGACUCUUUACCAUGCGGCACUGGAACCGACCACGCAGCACUUGUCUUAUCUGGCGUACGCAGAGCAUAAAGAGUUGAAACCCUCGAAGGCACCGUACGCGGAACCGCUCAGCUCACGGUUGAUUCGUGGCAGGGCAGAUUACCGGAGCCGCAUUUACCACAAGUCGAUAAUUUCCAUCAAGGAGGCUGCCGAACCGAUCGAACACGCUCAGCCGUUCCUGGAGAGACCCGGCCUAGGCAUGUUCCAGUUUCGUUCGCAGAUCAAAAGCAGCAACGUGUGCUAUCCAAUUAAGCUGGAAGCGAAGAAGCCCAAACGGAAGUUGGACGACGACAUUCCGGAGGACGAAUCCAAGUCCAAACCCAGCGAGAUAUUCGUCGACUACGAGAAGCCUAGAAAGCGCCGCAAGCUGGACACGGACACGAUCGCUUCGUACCAGACCUCACUGGUUGCCCCCAAAAGUGUCCUCACCGAGUUUCGCCCAACAAAGCCAAGCUUCAACUUUACCAGCAAAACCUUCGCCGCCUCCUCGGAAAAGUCGCUCAGCCGAUCGCCGUCCGCGCAACUCACUACGCCGCUGGUGCAAAAACGACAACCGUACAAUCCACCCUCCCCGGAGAGUGUCAGCUCUUACACACCGCACGGAAUUCUCCGCUCGACAACGUCGGUGCAAAGUUUUGUCCACCGAAAAAGCGUUUCGCCAUCAUCGGUUUCCGUUUCGGUGCUACGCGGUGGCACGACAGGUCCGGAAGAGAAGGUGCUGCGAUUUGAUUUGCCAGAAUCGCCGCAGGUCGAAAAAAGCCAGCCAUCGUUUGCGAUUGCUGCUUCGGUGGUGAAAGCAACCGACGAACCGGCGGACGUAUCGCUCGUUUCAAACGACGAGUUCUUCUCCCCGGAAGGUUCGGUAGUUAUGUUUGGCGAUGAAGACGGGUCCAGUUUUCUGUCCAGCGGUCCCAAGAGACGACCCUCGAUCCACAGCCGCUCACGGUCGGUCACUCCGGUCGAGAACAACAUUGCCAUCAUCAUCGAGGACGACAACGUGGAUGACGAUUCGUCCAGCAAGCAUGCAUCCGAGCCCGAUGAACCGAUGGACAGUGCUGUCGAGGAGGAGGAGGUUGAAGCACCGGUUCAGAAGGCGUUCGGCGGUCGGAAACCGCUUGGCAGGUUGGUGCUGGAAGCAAACGCCCGGAAGGCGAUGGAAGCAGAACUGGCAUCGACGACGCCGUCUCCGCCACCAGAGGAGGAGGAAGAGUACGUUGAGAUGAUUGAUGAGGCAGCGGUCAAGGAAGGUGGUGGCAUUCAGUCGGAUUGCGAUCAAGUUGCUUCAGUCGUGGAAGAACCGACCUUUUCGGUAAGGGAUGAGACUGCCGUUGCAGUGAAAGUUCCGGAGGAAUUGGAAGAGGUGGUCGUCGAUGAACCGACUGAAGUUGAUCCAGAGGAUUUUGGCGAGCUGGUUGUGUUGGACAAAACUAGCACAGAUGAAAGCAGCGACAGUGCGGAUGAGGAGGAAAUAGAUGUGGCGGAAUCAUCCACUGGGGAUGAUGGCGACGACGACGAAGAAUUAAAGUACGGUGAGUCGGAUCUGGACGAGGUAGAGGAAGAUGAUGUUCAAAACAGUGAGGCGUCGGUCGAGGAGAUCAUUGAUAUUUCGAGCAGUUCCGAGAAACCGGAGGACCAGAGUGACCCCGAAAGCAGCGAUGAUGACUCUUCGGACGACAACGACGAUGGAAAAGAUUCCUCUAUCGCGGGUAGUAUAACCAUGAACCGUGGUCGAUCUGAGGUGGCCGUGAGUGCAGCAGGUCAUGCGGAUAAUCCGUCGGUCGGCGGUGUAGCAAAUGCGAAUUAUGCCGAUUUUUAUUCGGACACUGUACCGGAUGUCAUCAUGGAGCAACAAAACCCGGAACCGGAAUCGGACGAACCAGCAUCGUCUGAAGCUCAGGUUUCUACGACAACUUCGUCAGCCGAAUCAAACGCGGAGGGAGGUGAACCGGAAAUCACUCCACCUGCCGAACGGCAAAGUCCCGACUGUGGAACAAACAAACAUCAAGCACAGGAUUUAACCGUUCCACAGGAAGAUGCAGUUGUUGAGGAGGAACACCGCGAAAGCACUCCGGAACCGUCUAGUAGCAGCAGCGCAAGAGACCUUUCGGUCGUUGGAAACGAGCGGCAGGAUCAACCGAUGCAGGACGCAGAAAUCAAGUUGAUUUCACCUUCUAGAGAAGAGUCGUUCAAAGCCAAGGCGGAUGAAAAGUUUUUGGGCAAACCGAAGAAUGCCCACGAAGUGGACAUUCCGGCGAUGAACCUUUCAGUUAAACCGGACGAAGCCCAUGGAGCAAACAGAAAAAACAGUAAAAGCGACGAAAGUGACGACUCUGCUGCACUUAAUUUGUCCACUGGCCAACUUGCGGAACCGUUGCGAGUUGAUGAGCCGCUGUCCGGGUCUGAGCAAGCUCAAGAAGAACCUGUACCAGCUGUUGUGGAGCCUGAGCGCAAAAUCACAGAUUCAGUUGAUCCCUUGGAAGGACCAAGUUCGCGAGUAACGACCAGCCCAGAACAGCAACCGCCACUUUGGGACAUUGUUUCGAAGCAACUUGCCAAAACAUCAUCCCUCGAGUCAAAUACUCCGGCAACACCGCGAAGAUCCAGACGGCUUUCGGUUGAUAGUGGCGAUGCUUCAACGUCGACUCCCAGAAGUAAUAUCAAAACAAGACGAAUGUCCGCCAUGGAAAAGAUCGAGGAAACGGAAGCUACGCCCAGCAAGCGGGCGACACGAGCCUCCUCGGUUGUGCCACAAGACACUGCGUCCCCACCAAGCACGCCGCUCAUCAAGGCCAAGCGGCAUUCGUCAAUGAACAAUCUACAAGCGUCGACUCCCGAUACCGCAACCCUAACGCCCAGCAGACGGUCAACGAGAGCUUCAUCGCUAGCAAAAGAACUGCUAACCAGCACCCCCACAAGACGGCGAAGACUCUCCGAGACGUUCCACGCGGAAACAGUCGAGCCAGUUCACGCUUCGCCAAGCAAAGCCAACGACAGCUUCUCGACGCAGGACGACGCCCGGUCCGAAAUAUCAAACGUUAGCGUUAGCAGCCGCCGCAGCCUGCGCCGUAAACCCGCAUCCGUGCAACCAGCAAUAUCGGAAGAGGACGCCCCCAACCCAUCGUCCCCGCCGAAAGCUCAGGAAGAAUCGUUCGCAGAGUACACGACAAAACGUCGCCUCACUCGUCACCAAUCGGCCGUCAUAGAAAAAUCGCUCGAAAUCGUCCGUAAAAUCGGCACAAUUGCCGAAGAUGCGGAAAACGUCCCGCUCGCCGAUCCUUCUCAGGACAGUGAAUCGGAGUCGGUCGUGUCGAAUGCGAGCAACAGCUCGAAACGUUCGCGCACCAGUCAGAAGGGGAAAGUUUCCGCAACCCGGGGUAAGGCAAAACCUCCGGUCACCGGAAGGGCCCGCUCGACCCGGUCCACAGCGUCUUCGAGAAAGGAAGGCGGCAGUGAUGCGGAGAGCAUCGAAACUGAAAGUCCUUCAAGAAAGCUUACGCUCGAGACCAUAUCCGAGGAAACUGACGAACCAUCAAGCAAAGUCAAGCGUCGGGGACGACCAAAAAAGUCGGAUUGAGGACAUAACUUUAAUUUCAAACAUCUUUUGCGUUAGUGUCAGUAAACAUAAAAUUGUUGUCCGUUAGAUAUCUUUUUCGUGAAAUUUUCGGAGUUUGAGUUUGGUUGCAAUUGACUUCCGAAAAAUUUAGCAUUACGUCUUUUGGAAUACUUUGUAAGGAUAUAAUGUGAAUAAACUGUUAUUGGUCUUGUGUGUAGUAUGAAAAAUA